AUGUCAUAGCCAUUAUGACUGUAGGAAAUCAAAAACAGAUAUGUAAUAUUAGAAUGGUAAACACACAGUUAUGUGCAAGAUUCAAAUGUUUUGGUCUGCUUUUUUUUUUUUUUCCACCCCCAAAGUGUUCACAUUAUUUCUGCAACAUAAGUAAUGUAUCACAUAUAGCAUAUUGAUUACACAAUACAUUUCCACUUUAUACAGGUUUGUUUAAUCUCUUAAUGGAUUAAAAAAAGUCUGUUCUUUGUGAGUUAGUCUUUUAUUAACACUCUAUCAAAAAGAAAAUUCACUCAAGGAAAGUGUAAAAUUUACAAGGAAACACAGUGCCUGGCCAGUACUUAAAUUUAGAAGGCAAAAUUCCAAAUACUGGUGAUAGACACUUUUACAAGUAGAGAGAAAUAAAUGUAGCUUUCAGAACUGUUAUUUCCUUCCUCAGGGAGGAUGGAGGGUGGAAAUGAGGGGCAAGAGACUCAGAAUCCAGGUUGAGAGGGACCUAACAGGAAUGUGCCACAUAGGUUCUGAGUGACAUUCUCCUCCUUUCCAAUCUCACCUAACAAUUCUUGUUUCUUCUCUGUUGAAGGGAAAAGCAGUUCGAGAAGCUUUCUCUACCUUUAAAUGUGUCUCUUGGCAGUACUUACGAUUUGCCUACUAAAGGUAAGUACCAUCCAUUUAUUACUCUCUAAGAUCUGAAAUCAGCACUUUGAAUAAUAUUGAGUAAUUCCAUGGGAAAAUCUCAUUAAUCAUGUUCUCCUACAACAAUAUUACAUUCGUGUUAUUUUAAGACUAUGCACAUUACAAUGUUUAGUAUGAAUAAACAUUGCUGCAAACUCCUUUUGAUGCAUUUUAGAAGUGGGGAAGUCUGGAAUGGAAGAAUCAAGCUCCUCAUCAGAGACAUCUCCCUCAGGAGCUAGAAAACCAUUUCCAUCUCGAAAAUCAAAAAGUAAAGGCCAGGUUCUUGGAAAAAGACAAGUUCGCAGCAGUAGUGGAUAUUCUAGCCACACAGAAGAAACUACAUUCAGUUUCAGUGAUCGGAUACAUCCCCCUUCGAGAUUUUCUGAUUCUCAUUCCCAUGAGUUGAGUGAAGCGGAAUGUGACAUGAGUAAGAUGGGCAGAAAAUCUGGUCGUAGUGGUGCAAGCACCAGACUUAGUAGGGAAACAUCCUUCCAGAUAGAUGUCUAGCUGUUUACUGUGCCUUGCACACAUUGCUCUUCUGCAAAAUGUGUCCAUGUCUGUCGGCCGAGGCAACUUUUGAAAAGCAGUGGCUUCCAUGGCAUAUACAUAAUUUUUAUAAUCACACUGAGUGCGUGUGUAUGUGCUAAAACCCUGAUAGUUCAAAGUAGUUGAACAGAAAUACAAAUAUGUCUUUCAUUUUAUAUAAGUGAACACCUGGUGAAUUAUCACAAACUAUUGGUGAUCAUGCGACUGUUUUGGCUAAAAUGAACACUGUGAGAUGUGAAUAAUUAUAAUAAUAAUAAUAAAAACUCAGGACACACCAAAUUGAUAUCAUCGUGCCUCAUGUGGCAACUCCAUUUAACUUUUAGUCCUUCACCCAUAAGCAAAUGUCUGUUGUAUUUUUUAUUGUCUGCUGGUAUACCUAUGAAAUUUACACACAGGAAACAUUGAGCUAUCAGUUUGAGUCGACUCAUACACCUGCAAUAUUCAUGGUUAUUCACACCUAUCCAAAUGUAUUCAGUUAUAAUGCAUCAAUACCCAAAUAUGUUCACUGCCAUAUGAAUGUUCAAAUGUUGUUGUUUAUAAUGAAGAUCUUCGGUUUGAAUGAGAUUUGUUAUAUGACUUUUUGGUGAAAAAUAUUUUAAUACCUAGCGUAUAAUGUUGAAUGGUAUCCCAAUCUUCCAAUCUGAAUGCUUCUAUAUACUGCCAGAAAGGCAGUCUCAUCACUCCAUUACUGCAGAGACUGGAUAUUAUGUGACUAGAUAUUAAAAUACUGAGUUGUGAUACUUAUGAGAUGAAAUGUAUGUAUGUAUGUAUGUAUGUAUGUUGCAUUGAGUUUUGAGACAUGUAAAAUGAAGUGUAUGUAUAUUUGUUGAUAUUUAAGUAAAAUUUUAAAUAUAAUGACUGUUUAUAUGAUUAUUAAAUG